AUGCAGACUGCUUCUACAAAUAUUUGUGAAUGAAUUGCUCUCUGGAGCUCAGUGAAUUCAAGCGUGGUACUACGAUAGGUUGCCACCUGUGCAAUAAGUCCAUCCAUGAAAUUUUCUUGCUACUAAACAUUUCAUGGUCAACUGUUAGUGGUAUUAUAACAAAGUGGAAGCAACUGGGAACAGCAGCAACUCAGCCACGAAGUGAGCGGGGUCAGCGCAUGCUGACGCGCACAGUGCGUAGAAGUCACUGUCUCCAGAGUCAAUAGCUAAAGACCUCCAAACUUUGUGUGGUCUUCAGAUUAGCACAACAGUGCAUAGAGAGCUUCACGGAAUGGGUUUCCAUGGCCAA